AUGGAGUCGCCUUCACACGUCGGCCAAAAGCGCAAAGUCGCCGACGCCGACAUGAGCUCCGAAGAUGAUGCGCCCCCCACCAACGGCUUCAAAGGAUUCGCCAGAGCUGCCUCUCGAUCCGAGUCACCUCCAUCAACAGGCGGAUUAGGCAGUGGCAACCGCAACACACGCAACAACAUGGCCAACGUACGAGGCGGCGCGUCGCGGGGAGGGAGAGGAGGCAUGGGAGGAGGUGGAAGCUCUUUUGCUGCGCGCAUGAUGGCAAAGAUGGGUUACAAGGAGGGACAAGGUCUUGGAACUACUGGCCAGGGUAUUGUCAACCCGAUCGAAGUACAAGCGCGUCCGCAAGGUGCAGGUUUGGGUGCCGUCAGCGAGAAGUCGAAAAAGACCCGCGAAGAAGAGCGACGAGCAGCUGCUCAGAAGGGCGAGAUUCUUGAAGAUAGUUCCGAAGAUGAACGCCAACGACGACGAAAGAAGAAGGAAGAGCGCAAGACACAGAGCCGGAGUGGCACAGGCACACCGAUCCAGCGGGCCAAGCCUAAGUUCCGGACAGCGCGCGAGAUAGAGGAUGACAUGGAGGGACUCGAGGUGCCCAAUGUUCUCAAAUCGCUCGUCGAUGCUACCGGCAAGGAACAGCGUGUUAUCACUUCCACCGCUGGCUUGAUGUCAAGACAAGAAUUCGUCAGCCAAGAGGAAGGAGAAGCAUUGAAGAUUGCCCGAAGAGCUCGAAACGAUCUGGAAGCUUUUGCCGACGAAUGGAAGGGGCUGACAGAGAGGAAGAAAUUCAUUGAACUGGAAGAAGCUCAGGUCGUGGAUGAACUAGAUGCAUAUCAAUCUCGGGUCGACCAUCUUACGGGUUUGAUCGCUGCAGUGGAAGAGCUAGACCUUUUCGAACACGAAGAAAGCGUUGCAUCCAAAUUUAAUGAGAUGACCGACAAACUUGAAGCCAUGGAAUUCAAAUACCGAGAUGCAAUUGAUGAGCACCGUCUGCCAGAGACCGCAGUCGCAGCCCUACAUCCGCUAUUCCGCCAGGCGAUGGAGGAGUGGGAGCCUCUUGAAGAUCCUACUUUCCUUGUAUCCAAUCUCACCCGGCUUCAGCCUCUUUUAUCUCGCCAGGCGAACAACGAAGAGCCACGAAAACGGUCAUCCACGUCCCCUUACGAAACAAUGAUCUAUACUCUCUGGCUCCCACGAGUGCGCUCAGCACUUUUGAAUGAUUGGGAUGUCUACGAUCCAUCCAAGGCAACCGCGCUGGUCGUGGCCUGGAAAUCGAUUGUGCCUCCAUUCGUCUUUGCAAAUGUCCUUGACCAACUGGUCGUUCCGAAGCUGGGUGUAGCCCUCAAAAACUGGAAACCCCGGAGUAGCCGACGACAUGGCGCUUCCCAGCAAGACGGCAAGUUUCCUUGGUGGCUGUUCACGUGGCUGCAGCACUUGGGUGACAGACACACGAACCCCAAACAGCCCACGGGUCUCAUGUCUGACGCAAAGAGAAAGUUCCGCGUGGUACUGGACACAUGGAGUCUGCGUAAGGGACUAGUUGACAGCAUUGAGAUCUGGCGGGAUGCGCUCGGGUCUGAAUUCGACGUAUGCCUCCGCAACCACCUGCUACCACGUCUUGCUCGUCAUCUUCGCGAAGACUUUACCGUGAACCCGCAAGACCAGGAACUCACAGUCCUCGAAGAUGUACUACGCUGGAAGCCGUUCUUCCAACCGAAUGUGAUGGGACUGCUUCUUGUCUCCGACUUCUUUCCGAAGUGGCACGAAAUUCUCUACAUCUGGCUCACCAACGACCCGAACUACGAGGAAGUCGGUGCCUGGUUCUCCUGGUGGCGCACCCAAAUUCCAGCAGAAGUCAACGAACUCACCAUCGUCGACGAAGAAUGGAAGAAGGGUCUCCAAACCAUGGAUCUUGCUUCCCAGCUGGGAGACCGCGCCAGUGCAGAACUCCCCCGUCCUACCAGUACACAGACCAAGCUUCCAACUCGGGAAGACAAGGUGGCCGAAGCCGCCGCUGCAGCCGCUGCAGCUACUGCUGAACCUCGCAAGGCACCUGUUGUGGAGGAGGUCGCUUUCAAGGAUAUUCUUGAGAACUGGUGUUUGGAGCAAGGACUUAUCAUGCUGCCUUUGCGUGAGGCCCACCCGCAGAAUGGCCAGCCGCUGUUCCGUAUCACGGCCAGCGCGACAGGAAAGGGUGGAGUUGUGGCCUUUGUACAGGGUGAUGUGGUUUGGGUGCAGAAUAAGAAAGCCAAGGAGAUCUGGGAGCCGAUGGGGCUGGAGGAUCAGUUGGUAGAUCGUGCGGAGGGCAAAUAG